CUUUCGACUGAGCAUGAUUGAUGGCUGGGCAGACAACUAGUCUACAGAUUUAAUGGCUCUUCCCCCUCCCUGAAACUACCAUUCGGGGCUAAUAUGAUCCUAAUAUCCUGACCAGGUCUUUCCUAUUCACUGCUAGACCAUGCAUGCUUACCAUCGGCAACUACCGAAUUUACCAAGCAAGCUGGAGAGGGCCGACAAUUUCACUAAUUGUUAUCACCAAUGGCUCGAUGGAAGCUGGAGCCAGUCAGAUCAAUAUAUCAGCUCUCAUCCAUGUCCACCCAACGCGCUAAUCGGAGAUUGACCGACUCUGGAAGUGGUUGUACUCUGCACCGUAACUUUCCCUAGCGAAGUUUUCCCCGGCUAUUUGGGUUUGGUUCAUGCGGGGGUUGCAAAUCCUUCCUGAUGCAGAGAAGUCGUCGCAUAACUUAAAAGAUCUUGUCACUCGGGGUCGCUUGGCCUUCACCAUCCGUUGCAGGAGGGCCUGAGUUUUGCACCAUGGACGAGAAAGAGAAGUACCACCAGGCUGCUGAGAAUGCCGAUCUAGAGAGGGAUUCCGAGAAUCUCCACGGUCGGGAUAUUGACAACCCUCGUGAGAGAGCUUUGGUCUGGAAGCAAGAUCUACGGAUCCUUCCACUAUGCGCCGCGAUCUACCUUCUCUGCUAUUUAGAUCGAUCUAACAUCGGAAAUGCCAAAAUUCUCAAUGAAGACACGGGCAAUGACCUCCUCACAGAGACUGGCAUGACUUCUUACCAAUACACUAUAGCGCUGAUGGUAUUUUUGAUCGCCUACGCCCUCUUCGAGGUUCCAUCAAAUUACUUCCUGAAGAAGCUAAGACCAAGUAAAUGGAUUGCUUUCUUGAUGCUGGGCUGGGGUGCAUCCACCAUGGGCUUGGGUGGCGCACACAAUUACGCGCAGGUUACUGGUAUUCGUUUCUUACUGGGAGUUAUGGAAGCGGGUCUCUUCCCCGGACUUGUUUACUACCUGACUUUCUGGUACCGGAACUCAGAGCGCUCGAUGCGCGUGGCGCUCAUCCUCGCAUCAGCUACAUUGGCGGGAGCCUUCGGCGGAGCAAUUGCCUAUGGCGUCGGACACAUGAACCAAACCCACGGUCUAUCUGCAUGGCGAUGGCUAUUUAUCAUUGAAGGAGCCCCUUCCUGUGCCUCUGCCUUCCUGGUCUGGUUCUUUCUUCCCGAUUACCCCGAAACUGCGUCAUGGCUCAGUGCAGAGGAAAAGGAACUCGCGAUGCAGCGACUGCAAAAUGAGGGCUCAAAGGGAGCUGCGCAUGCCAUGACCUGGGCAGAUGCUAAGGAGGUCCUAACGGAUUGGCGGUUAUACGCCCAUUAUAUGAUCUAUUUUGGCAUUUCCACACCUUUUUCCAGCCUCUCGCUCUUUACGCCCGCAAUUACAAGUGGGCUCGGGUAUACCAGUCUGCGCGCUCAGCUCAUGACAGUACCGCCAUGGGCUGUAGCAUACGUAGUCACCACAGCAGCAGCCUGGUCGGCAGAUCAUUUCAAUAGCCGCGGCCUUCAUUCGGCGGCAUUCUCCUUCAUCGGGGCCAUGGGGUUCCUAGCAUCUGCCGUUCUCCCACCGGACGCAUACCUCCACCGCUAUGGCUGUCUGAUAGUAGCCACCAGCGGUGCCUUCGCCUGUAUUCCCCCUCUUCUCGGCUGGCUCUCCUCCAACCUCCGCUCAACAGCCGGAACCGGCCUUGCGAUCGCAUUAAACGUGUCGGUCGGAGCUCCGGGGCAGAUCGUGGGCGUGUGGAUUUAUAAAGCCAACGAAGCGAAGAGGGGUUAUCCGACCGGCCACUGGACCAACGCAGCGCUCCUUCUGUUUGUCUGUGUAGGUUGUCUCUUGUUGCGAGUAUAUUAUGGAUGGAGGAAUAAACGGAGAGGAACGGGGGAUAAAUUUGCGUAUUAGGAAGAAAAGAAAAGAUUUUUUUUUCCGGUCCUGCUCUUUUUCGCCUUUCGUUUCUUUGUUCCUUCGUGGUUUGGGGGGACCACCGAAACAAUGGAAGCUAGAACCGUCGGAUCGGCAGUGUAUAUAGCGGAUGAGGGAAAUUAAAGUCGGACGAACCAUGGUACGCGGCACGUGAGCAGAGAAAUAAGGUUAAGCUCAGGGCAUGACACGGCGGGAUCCUGAAACUUGUUCCAGCGAUUUGGGUCUGGAAAAAGGAUGGGUGGUUCAACUUGUAUACAACCUGUCCCGCCCUAGAUUUGUACCUUAGCAGGAGUCCAC